CUUUUGUUGCUUUUCGGCCAUUAGCUGACCUAUGACGAGGCUGUAGGCCAAGGGAGAAGGUCAUUUUUUUUCUUUAAAUUCUGGAUUAAAAUAGGUCAUGACGCCCUGGAUAGUAAAUUAUGUCCCAUUAUAACAUCAGGCGGAUUUAUUGUAGGAAGAUUUUUUUUAACAUGCUGUGAUUUGUCAAUAGCCAUAUCAAGGUCAACAUUGCCACCUGGUGUUCAAUUGCAAAUCCUGCAACCAAAUAUGGGCGACCAGUCUCUGUGACGUGAACACUGGUCACUGUUUUGCUGCAUGAGUCAAAAUGCAGAUAUUAUUAUGACCUGCAAUAUUGGGCAAAUUCAUCAGUCUCACUAUUAAUCUAACUUAAUUGCAGAUACAACUGUAAUCAUAUAUCCAUUGUUAAUCAUCUGAGAGAUAUUGUGUUGGAUUAGUGGCAAUAAAUGUCGUGGCUUGUGUGUUGAGUUGGCCCAAUCCAACAUGACAGCGUUGUGAAGACAUGCGCGGUGCUUGCAUGCAUGAAAUGAGAGGAGAAUCAAACUCCUUAACCAAGAUAAAUCAUCAAGCAAUGUUGCAAAUAAAAAUAAAAAGCAUUUUUAACACAAACACCACCACAGUCAAUCAGGCCUUUGUGGACUCCGACCGCAAGAGAAGGAAAAUCCUCACAUCCCUAUUGUCAGUAAACAUGGAUUUCCAUACCACACUUUGUCAUGUGUCCUUGACUUUGUCGCAUCAAAUCCAAUCAGCAGGGAGCUUUUAGUUAGCUUAAUUUAUGACUACAGAAUGUAUCCUGCCUUAUCUGACAGCCUGGCCAAGCAGAGUUAUCAGACAAGUCCCAUUCAAUAUGAAGAGCCUAAAAAUGAGUAACGGUUCUUCCCAAAUACGGCCUUGUCAUUCCUCUGUAAUCAGAUGAACUUUUGAUCAACCUGAUGGUCUGGAGAAUUUGAUUCCCUUUGUUCCAUGUGAUUGGAGGUCGUCUGAGAUUAAUUCUCACGUAGGGGGGUCAUGAGCGUCAUCCUCAGUCACUGUCCAAACAGAGCCAAUGUGUGCACGAUGGGGGGGGGCACAUGUGCACGCUAACAAUGCGCAUCAUGUGCGUCAUGGCUUUCGCUCUUCGUUUGCUUUCUUGCAACUGGCUUCACACUGAUAACAGACAGAUGGCCAUGAAAAAAGAAAGAACAUGAUGAUGGGGAAACUUUACUUUGGUUGAACCCUCCUCACCCCGGUGUAAAAUGCGCUCCAUUGAGAUGCUGUAGCAAAAAUGUAGCUUGUAUGAUCAUCAAUAGAAAUCUGCAUACAUUUUACACAUGUUUAUUUUCUCGUGAUUUUUUUUUCCGCGUUUGCAUUUAGUGCCUUGCAAUUAAUUCUUGAUUGAAAAGAAUCUGAAAUAUUAGUUUACUUAUUUGUGUAUGUCAACAAUAGAUUCAUUUCCAUGGUUUACUUAAUUCGGUAAUCGUGAAAUUUACAUAUUUAAUGUAUUUCUAAAACGCGACGUGAAGUGACCUUCUGCCAUGGCUCGACCAGCUGCUCGUGUGCUCCCUCUAGUGGCACAUGGAAGAAACGAGUUCAGUUGUAUUUAUCUAUUUUCCUACAUUUAUUGUUCUACAACUGUUAUUACUGUUAUUUUGGUAUUUUUCUAAAUUGAAUUUGCAGGCGCAGGUUUAUUCCCCCCUCAGCCUUAUCCAUAUGUACGAUAUUGGGUUGCUGUGGAAUAAAACCACUGUCUAAUGAACACUUGGGCUACUACCGUAUUUUAAUGUCAGUAAUGAUGAUGAUUUACCCUAAUCGUCUGUUAUAUAUUAGUUAUUAGUUUUUUUUUUGGGUGGGAAGCCGGAGGGAUAUUAUCUCUACGACUCACUUUUGGGCCAUUUUCACCUUUCCUUUGUGUCUGCGAGGUUAUUUUCGCCCCCGCCUUCCAUCAUCAUCAUCAUCAAUCAAGGUCCAAUCACCCGCUGAUGUUAGCUAAAUAGUGUCAUCAAAUGGCACGAGUGUGUCCUUAUCACGCUUAGUCCGGCAGGUGUCCAGCUCAGUCCGCCCCUUGCCAAUAUGUCAAGAGGAGCUGUGCGCUUCUGGCUCGUCCUCGCCCUCCAGCUACGCUGCGUCACGGUGCUGCUGGCCGGGCCGACGGGGACGCGGGCGGACUCGGACCCCGACAGGAUGUUGUCCGAAAAGCUUGACGUUUUAUUCAAUUGGAAGGAGUUGCUCCGGGGCGCACCGGGGCAGGCCCCCCACAAGAAGGCGCCUCAGUUCAUGUUGGAUUUGUUUCACGCAGUGUCCGUGUCGGACGGGACGAGAAAAAGUCAAAAGGAGAUUCUGGAAGGAAAUGUGGUGAGGAGCUUUGAGGAUAAAGGUCGUUAUGGUGAGAGGUUUCACUUUUUCAACCUCUCUUCCUUUAGAAGAGAAGAGAGGAUGAUUAAAGCCGAGUUCCGUUGGUUUCGAAGGAAACAGAAGCAUUUCAGAGAAAAGUCCUACAGGCCCCAUUUUUACAAGGUGGAUUUGUAUGAAGUACUGGACAGUCAAGUGAAACCUUGGCGAGGAAACCUCAUCACCUCCAGACUGGUUCCUCUUUACACCCAGGGAUGGGAAGUCUUCAAUGUCACACAAACAGUGGCUAAGUGGAUCUGCAACAGCCAAGAUAACAACGGCAUCCUGAUAGUGACCACGCUGCCAUCUGGGACUUGGAUGGACUCUGUGGUUAUGUCAUCUAAGUUUCGUGGGGAGCCAGCAGACACUAACGCCUACUUGGUGAUAUUCUCUGAUGAUGGGAGGGCAGGAGCAUCCAACCAGUCUUACUUUGGACCAGCCCAGUCUUCGCCUGCUGCUGCUGAACUCCACUACCGCCCCACUAGGAGGCGACGUGGAGCCCCCGGGCUCUUACCUCGUGGCCAUUCCCGAUCCUGCCACAGGGUCUCCCUCUUUGUAGACUUCGAGGAGAUUGGUUGGUCAGGCUGGAUCAUCUCGCCGCGGGGUUACAACGCUUACCACUGCAAGGGCUCUUGUCCCUUCCCGCUGGGAGGUAACCUCCGAGCCACCAACCACGCCACCGUCCGCUCCAUCAUGCACGCACUCAAGCUGUCCGUGGAUGAAGUCGAAGCGCCCUGCUGUGUGCCCGACAAACUUCAGUCCAUCAGUUUGUUGUAUUUUGAUGACGAGGAGAAUGUGGUUUUGAAACAGUAUGAUGACAUGGUGGCCUUGAGCUGCGGCUGCCACUGAUAUUUCACACAGAAAAUGGGACAAUAAGUGACAGGGAGAUGUUUUAAGAUUAUUAUUAUUAGAGACCUACAUCAGCACGAUGACAGAAUGAGAAAUGAAUUGCCAAUGAGACCGCUCAUGAUGAAUUCUGUUCAUCAGUGAAUCAUAGCAGCCCCCAAUACCCUGCAAAUAUGCCCCCUAGUGGCUGUUUUCAGCAAUGCUUUAUGAACACAGGCAAAAACUUAAAUGUAACAUUACUGCUUAGUUUUUUUGGUGGGGUGGGCGGGGGAGAAGGCUGAUCUACAUAACGCACACCUGGUUUAUGCUAAUUUAAAAAGGAAAAAAAAAUACCAAUUCAACAAAUUGUUUUGCAAAACCAUUUCAUAUACAUGCGUAUUUCAAAACACACAGCAAAAAAAA